UUUUGAUGCAAUAAGUAAUGACACUUGUUUAUAAUCACACGACUUAAUAAACUUUAAAAUAUGGCUGAGAAUCUCGCUGCGAAAUUGUGCGCGCUGAUACCAAAUGAAUCUGUAAAAGCUGAGCAAUGGAAACUUUUGGGACAAGAAAAAGACUGUUCACUUUUAGUUGGAUGGACAGAAGAAAAUCAGACUCUUGAUGAUUCAUUAUCAUCGCACUCGGUGAUUGGUCAUUAUGAUCGUAGCAAGGAAACUUUGGAGGUAUUACAUCAUUUUCCGAGCGUGCUGAAUAUUGUUCAAGCGACAAUAAAUCAAAAUCACACUUUGCUCGGAUAUAUUGUAAAAGAAACAAUAAAAGUAUCCAAAGAAAAUGAAGAUCCAGAAAACAAAGACCAGAAUGAAGAAGAAAAGAAAGAUCCUCUGUCAGACGCUUGUUUAGAUUCUGAAUUAGAAGUCUACCAAGCUUAUAUCCUAGAAUUAGAGUCAGACGACAAGAAAAUUCAUACUGUGAUUACUGAACGGCGUAAGCAAGUUCGUAUACAAUUUUUAUACAAACAAAAACGUCAGACAGGCUUAGACAAAUUUAUAGUUUUAAUUCAUCACGAGUGCAUAGUAAUGUACACUGCGCUGUUCAACAGUUCGUCUGAUGUAGAUACAAUCAAGGAAUUAAAGUCGGAGACCAUUGUAAGAACGUUUACUUGGGCUCAGUGGGAUUCAACGAACCAAGUGCUGUACCAUAUCCACAACCGUCGUGCUCCAACUAGUUUAGUAACUGAAGAAGACAACGAAAGUCGUUCUAAAGCAACAAACUCGUGCCCAACUCUCAGCGGUUUACAAUUCCACGAUGAAUUACCCCACGAAACGGUGCUAAAUAUCCCAUUAAAUUUACCACGACCGCCCAGCGCAGACAACUGUGGGACUUACGAAGAUGAUGUGAUUCCUCUUCGGGUUCACGACUGUUCCUUGGACCUGAUUGUCAUUUCCAAUUCUAAGGGGAUGGUCUGUGUAUGCCAUCACUAUCUCUACCGACCGAUCCAGCCGCCUCAGCACGUGCUCGACGCAUCGCUCAGCGACUCCAAUACAGUUCACUUUGCUUACUCGGUGACUUUGCUCCACCACAGCUGCGUUAUACACUGUGUCGUCCCUGGAAUUCCCUGGUCUCAAGCUAAGCUAAUGCGUCCUACCUUCGCUAUCGCUGAAGACUACAUGAUAGUCUUUGUUCAGGGAUCAUUUACGCAUUUGCUAGAAAUCGGAGCCAGUCACGAUCCAAGCUGUCAUAUUCUUUGCGGACCUUUGCCAACUAUUUAUUCUCAUGCUUCCUACUUGGUACCACUGCUAGAUCUUAAUAGCAAUAAAACAGUUGCUAAUAAAAAGUCAGGUUUUUUAGAAGCUCAAGACGUCGCUAAUAUUAUGACAAUAGAUUUACCAACGCUAGAUUUAAUACCGCUUAAAGUUACUGCUGAUUUUUUGAUAGACGUUUUUAAGAAAGAGUCUUCUGUUCACGUACGACUGGGAAUUAUUCAUUACUUUAUGUGUCACAAACACGAUCUAGAAAUAGUUGCUGGACUUAUAUCGAUAAUUUCUGAGAAGCCUCGUGCUCUUGAUGUCGUAAAAUUCAUGCAAGAAAUAUUAAUCGGUAAUUCUUACUCUUUGGUGCAAAAAAAUUUACUUCCCGAUGCAGUCCCGCUGCUGUCUCUGCUUCCUAUCACAACUGUCGAAGAAUGCGUGGGGUAUGACGCUAAAAUUGGUGAGCUUAAUAUAACACUGAGUCAUGAAAAGUUAUGGAACACAUCUGUGAUGCUGCUGUCUCCUCAGCAGCGAUUGGUGCCCUACCGAAGUGAUUUAUGGACACGAUUAUGGGACAAUCUUGGAAAACGAAGCGAAAGCAAGCCCAGAUUUAAAUUCAGCCAGAUAACUGAAAAAUUAUUGGUGUCUUUGGCGUGUUAUCAGCCUGAAGUACUGUCCAGAUCCAGUACGCCAAUGUCACCUAGCGGAGGAUUGGUUUUAGCUACUGGAUCUUUCGGUGACUUGAUGAGUAAUCGCAGUAACAAAAUUCUGGACUCUGCGCUACCGUUUAUAGAAAUGGAAAAUUGCACUGCCUCACGACAGGAGCAUAUUGUAGCGGUUAAUCUACGGGAAUUAUCUAUGUAUCUGUUGAAACAUGCUACUAAUGCUCCAGCAACAUCCUAUGUGUCCUGUUCACCUCUUCAAGUUCACGCGAUGGCAACUAGACACAUUGCGGCUCAGUUAGAAAGCUCAAGGUCACUUUGUCAGAUGCUUUGUCGUGCCGCUAAUGUUGAUCCGCGGCUAGAACAAGAACGUGGCUUUGUUCUUAUAGAUCAAUUAGAUGAAAUUAGAAGAAAUUUACUUUUUACUCUACUAGAACGCUAUCGUUAUGCUAUUGAAAUAAUAGCGUUUCCUGUACCACAAGGAUUUUCAUCAUUUUUUACAUAUCUAGGAUAUCGUAGUCUUAAGUAUCCAAUGUUUUUACAGUACGUUGAACGUUCUAUUUUUGAAUUACAAGUUGAUGUAACGAAAAUUAUUAUCGCAGAUAUCAGUGAUACAAAAGAAAAUGCUACUAAAAAGUUACACUUGUUGUCACUUUUACCGAGAUCUCGCGCAAAAAGACUGUUGAAUCAGUGGCUACAUCCCGUAAGCUUUAUGAUACGAGCUCGCGAGCAUGCUGGAAAUAUUUUAUCUGGUGAAAUAUGCCAGAACCGCGGAAGAACUUUACAGCAUUGUCACCGACAUAACGGGCUUGCCGCUUUCCCUUCAGCAGAUCGUCUAUCACCUCUCGAUACUUUUCUUGAUUUGUUAACUGCUAAAGCAAGUCUUGCAGAAUUAGAUUUUGGUUUGCUAAUAGAAGCAACUGUCACUUCCACUGAAGACUUUCUUUAAAUGAUAUUAUAUUUAUGUUUGGUUGUUAUAUUUCAAUUGUUGCUCAAUUAUCAGAUUUAUAAUAAUGGCAAAGUUUACUUAGCAUAAAUGUUUUUGUUGAAUUUUGUUGUCGUGUAGUCUAAUUAAAUAUAAUAAUUAGUACUUUUAUUUUAUUUAUGUUAAAUUUUUGAGUGCCAUGUAAAUAGUACAAUAAUGCAAUUAUUUUCCGUUGUUUGAGUAUAAAUUACUUCAUACUGAGUUAAUUAUCGUACACCGAACUCUGGAAAAUUGAAGCACCAUCCAGUAUUGAAUUCCAUUAAUUGUUAUUUAGUAAAUUAAUCAUACUAUAGAUGUUUAUGUUAUAGCAAAGCAAUUUUCAAUUGUUUUCCAUGGGUUGUCUUCGCUUAAUUAUUUUUUAAAAUAAUUUUAUUUGUAACUCUAAUAUUAUAUACAAGUGUGAUAAGUAAUAUCGAUAAAAAUGUCCAAUAUAAUUGA